AUGCGUGUUACAUUGAUUCUCGUCUGUAUCGUUGUAGCUACUAAAGCUCAGGUGGAUUCACUGUUACAAAUGUUUGGUUUAAACACCGGACGUGCCGGAACUGUUGAUCGAAUUCCACUAGACGAUAUAACCAGCCAAAGUUUGAGACUGAUGAAUUAUUUGAAAGAGGUUCAAGCGGAUCCAGACAACGACCUAAUAAAACGAUUAAAACAACCGCUACCAAAGAUAACAUUUCUUGAUGGCUUUCCGGUGAUUCCUGGACUGGUUGGAAGUUUACCAGGUGCUGGUGGUUGUCUGCCAAAACAGACACCGAUGGUCAACCAAAAUUCGCCCAGUUUCUUCCAAAAUUUCCUUCGACUAUUUCCUGGCGCUCAAGACUAUCUGACAAGUCUUAUCAAAACUCCAGAAGUUGACUUUAUGUCACUUUCUGGUAAAUACCAAUGGGUUGUUUCUACCAAAGGGGUGCAUCAUCGAUAUUGUCCGACAACAGAAUUUCAAUAUGUUGUUAAACAUGGCAAUACUUCGGCAAUUAAUAUUGUUGAUGCUUUUCAUGAAGAAGAUUUUAAUGGACCGGCAAAAGUUGGUUUCGGUUAUGGAGUUAUUCACAACCAAAAAGUUUACAUCUAUUUUCAGGAAGAUCCAUGUCCAUAUCAAAUUGUAUUGCUAGGACCAAAAAAUGAAGCUCAUGGUCAAUACGAGUUUAUAGUUUUGUCUAAUUGGGCCAAAUAUCCUCUGAUUGCAAUGGCAAGAAAUGUUCAAGAUUUUAACGCCAAAUAUCGAGCAGAAUUCGUUCAUUGGUUUCAUAGAAAAGGCUAUAUCAAUGAGUUUUCAGAGUUAGUUAAUUUUGACACCUUUAUUCGUUUUGAUUUUUACGAUUACUCUAAGUGUUUGAAAGAAAAGAAGAAAAAUGAAAAUAAGAAAGAAGAUUACAUUACCUGUUGUUUAGUGUUGUCGGUAAUACAGUGGAUUUUGUGGAUUGGUCGCGGUGCAAACCGAUAA